AUGGGGAGCACAAUGGGUAGAGCCAUCUUGAGUGCGUGCCUUCUUCCGCUGUGCGUGCUGCACUUGCAGGGUUGUGGCAAGCCGAAAGAAGCUUGCGUGAAGGGCGACAAGGCUUGCAAGGAGCUGCAAGAGCUUCUUCGUGAGACCGACCUCAACUGUCCAAAGCAUCCUGACAGUCGAUUUAUCGGACCUCCGCGACUGACGGUCGUCGGGGAGACCUGCAGCGCGGUUGAGUUCCUGUACAAAGGUGGCUUGCCGGUAGUGUACACCUACGCUCGGCAAGCAAAGGAUUCCGAGUUUACUGACGAGUGGGGUGGUGGUUUGCCACCCCUGGACCUUUCACACAGAGCUGCUGCUGGGGGCGAGGAGCUGUGGAAUAAUGUUCCUUUUGAUCCGAAGAUCCGGCGGUAUCGCACCAUGAUGUACAAAUUGCCGCCGCACAAGGCCUUCGAGGUCAAGUUGAGUGACAAAGACGAUGCACCUUUCGAAGGCUUCAAUUUCAGUUGUCCGUCAAAGCCACGGAUUUCUGACGCCGUACCUUUCAAGCCUCAAAGACCAUACGACUUGAAGCUGCACCGCACGGAUCCUCGGAUUAACAAGAAGAACGACGAGGAUUCGGUUUGCAUUGACUUGCACUGGGCCCAUCCUCACACGGAGCUCAACCUAUUGCCGGACUGUGGAGCAAUCUUUCUUACGAGCUUACUGGCCUACUGCACUUCCUUUGCCGAGCGCCCUUUUGUUAUAAAUCCUUCAUGGUUCAAGGACGAAGAGGACGCCGUCUUGUUUUGCGAAGACACAGUCGGUGCACGGAAUCGUACAUGUGGGGUCCCCAUGCGGACUGCAACCUCCCAGUCGAGCCUCAGCUUCGCUACAAUAUGUGGCCUGUGGCCGAAGAGGCGGGUCGUCUUCACGGUUGAGGCUUUCAGCUGCGACGGUGAGUCUGUGUCCACGAACAUGACGGCGAUGACGCCUCCUGGGGCACCAACCUUCACCGCAGCUUUGGUGACACACCCUGCAAGCCAGGCGAGUUCCGCCGGGUUUUGGCCGAAAGCCAUAAUUGACUGGAUCCCUCAGUAUGAUGAGCUGAUAAUAGGUCAUGCCAUCUACCUGGCGCUGAAGGGCGUUGGCGCAAUGAAACUGUUGUGCUGGAUGCCUUUCCACAAAGCCGGAAAGGGGUACCUCGAGCUGCCUAUAGCGCACAAAAAUCACACUCAUUCGCGGGAUGCUGCCACGCUGCGUGAUUACGAUCAGAGGUAUCACGUUCAUCAGGAGCAGCAGAUCCUUGUUGCCACCAGAUCAGCUGCCUACUCAGAAGUCACGAACUCCUUGACUCCCUUGAAACAAACUCCCCUUGUGUCAAGAAAUGUCGCUGCUAUGUAG